CAACAGAAAGUAUAGAACACACGAAACUCUGACCCUGUCAGUCAGUCAGUCAGUCAGUCAGUCAUCACCAUAGAAACCAACGUCAACAAACCUGACUAACGUUACUAGAAACUACUAGACUGCAUCCUUGAAUAAACGACAUGGAGGCUGAACGCCCAGAAAGCGCAAAUAUCUCGGAGUGUGAUGAUGACGAAAUCAAAAACAUCGACUGGAUUUCAUGCAAAGAUUUUACAAUCGAGGCGGGAGAGCAACAGAUCAGACAGUACAUUAAUCUGUGGGAGAUCAAGCAUCCCGGCUGGCUCUACAGCAUUCAGUUUCUCCAUGAGCAAGAGCUGGAGUUUAAAAGGCAGUACCAGUACCGGGUCAAAUGGAGCAUCCCGACCCAAACCGCCCCGAUCCCUAGAGCCACAGCCAGCGUUUAUUUCAUCAUAGAAAUCUCUCGAAUCAAACCAGACACGCUGCCUGUGGACGUGCACUUUCUCAUUGAAUCAAACCGGUCCAAACACAUUCCCGGCCGAACGAGUUUCAGGGAAAAGUGGCUGAUGGAUGUACUGGAGAGCAAGGCUUUACUUAUGGACACUAUUGACUUUUAAAACUGUAACUUAUCUAUGCUCUGUAACGAUGAGGCCAUACAGUGCA